GAGCUGUGUUUCAGUUUCCUCUUCCAGCAAGGAGUUUCCUGCGCUUUUCGCAGUUUUGAGCAGAGCAGAGCCUGACACAGUGUUGAACACUCAUCUCCUAGAUGUACCCUGAACGGUCCCCAAAAUGAGAUGUCCAGCAAAGUUUGUGUGGCUAAUAUUAUGGACUGUUUGUGUUGCAGAAGAUUGUAGAGAACCUCCUCCAAGAAAAGAAACAGAAAUUGUAUCAGGUUCCUGGACUGAACAAACAUAUCCAGAAGGCACUCAGGCUACAUACAAAUGCCGCCCUGGAUACAGAACUCUUGGGAGUAUUGUUAUGGUGUGCAAGGAUGGAAAAUGGGUGUCUCUUCAUCCGUCCAGGAUAUGUCGGAAAAAGCCCUGUGGACAUCCUGGAGACACGUCCUUUGGUUCUUUCCAUCUUGCAGUAGGAACUCAGUUUGAAUACGGUGCCAAGGUUGUUUACACAUGCGACGAGGGGUAUCAGAUGCUGGGUGAGAUUAAUUUUCGUGAAUGUGAUACAAACGGAUGGACCAAUAAUAUCCCCUUAUGUGAAGUUGUUAAGUGUUUACCGGUGACAGAACCAGAGAAUGGGAGGAUUGUCAGUGGUGCCCUGGAACCAGAUCAAGAAUACACUUACGGACAGGUGGUGCAGUUCCAGUGUAAUGCAGGCUACAGUCUUGAUGGACCUAAACAAAUACACUGCUCAGCAGGUGGUGUUUGGAGUGGAGACAAGCCGAAAUGCGUCGGAAUCUCCUGCACACCACCAAACAUUUUAAAUGGGUACCCCAUAAUUUCAAAGGAAAUUUUUAAGGCAAAUGAGCGAGUUCAGUAUAAAUGUUCAGCGGGUUUUGAAUACAGUGAGAGAGGAGAAACCAUUUGCACGGCAUCUGGAUGGGCCCCAGUUCCUUCAUGUGUAGAAAUAACAUGUGAUCCUCCUCAUAUUCCAAAUGGUUUUUACACACCUGAAUCAAACAGAUACAGAACUGGAGACAGAAUCACUUAUCACUGUAGAGAAGGCUUUUAUCCUGAGAUCCAGGGAAAUGUUGCAAGAUGCACCGGCAGUCGUUGGUCACCUGCUCCAAGAUGUACCUUUAAACCUUGUAGCCGUCCAGUCAUAAAACAUGGAAGGCUAUAUCAUGACUCUAGUGGAUACUUUCCAGCAAACGUAGGACAGCAGUUUUACUACUACUGUGAUCAUAAUUUUGUGACUCCCUCACACCAUUCCGGGGACUACCUGACGUGCACACGGAAUGGAUGGUCUGCAGAAGUCCCAUGCCUCAGACAAUGUAUUUUUGAUUAUUUGGAACAUGGACACUACUCAUAUUCAGCAAAAAAAUAUUUACAGGGUGAAACGGUAAGAGUUCACUGCUAUCGUGGCUACAGUCUCCCACAUAAUCAGGACACGCUGCUCUGUACAGAGAAUGGCUGGUCUCCUCCUCCGAAGUGCAUCCUUGUCAAAACAUGUGCAAAAUCAGAUAUAGAAAUUGUGAAUGGAUUUUUUUCUGAAAAUAUAUUUACAUACCCCUUAAAUAAACGAACACAAUAUAAGUGUAAACCAGGAUAUAUAACAGCAGGUGGUGCAACUUCAGGAUUAAUCACAUGUCUGCAAAGUGGAUGGUCAGCUCGACCUGUGUGCAUUAAGUCCUGCGAUGCGCCAGUACCCGAGAAUGCCAGAAUCAAGAGUGAUGGCACGUGGUUUAAGCUCAAUGACACAGUGGACUAUGAAUGCCAGCAGGGGUUUGAGAGCCGAAAUGGAGACACCGCAGGAUCCAUCGUGUGUGGUGAAGACGGAUGGUCUGAUAAGCCUGCUUGUUACGAAAGAGAAUGUAUUACUCCUGGAAUAAAAAGCUAUUUAGAUGCUGAACCCAAACAUAACAAAUUUAAAGUUGGAGGCGUGUUGAAAUUCCACUGCAGAGAAAGACGUGUGAUGCUUGGAGCAGAUUCAGUUCAAUGCUACCACUUUGGAUGGUCCCCUAAUCUUCCAACAUGUAAAGCAGGGCAAGUAAAAUCCUGUGCUCCACCCCCUCAACUCCUCAAUGGGGAAGUUAAAGAAACACAGAAAGGAGAAUAUCAACACAGUGAGGUGGUGGAAUACGUUUGCAACCCUAGAUUUCUGAUGAAGGGCUCUCAUAAAAUUCAAUGUGUUGAUGGAGAAUGGACAACCUUGCCUGUGUGUGUUGGUAAUGUAUUAAAAAGAGUAAUACUUAAAGAGGAGGAGCGUACCUGUGGAGAUAUUCCGGACCUCGACCAUGGCUAUGCCCGGCAUUCUGCCCCUCCCUAUCACCAUGGAGACUCAGUGGAGUUCGAUUGCAAUGCAUCAUUUUCACUGAUUGGACCCAGGUCAAUCACCUGUAUUAGUGGAAAGUGGACCGAACUUCCUCAGUGCUUUGCAACAGAUAAACUCAAGAAGUGUAAAGCCUCAAAAAUAUUUGCAUCUGAGGGAAACCUGUUAGAUAAGACCGAAUUUGACCAUAACACCAACCAAAGUUACAAAUGUCGGGGAAAAUCAGAAAGCAAAUACUCAGUCUGUAUAAAUGGAGUAUGGGAUCCCAGAGUAAGCUGCAAAGAAGAAGUAUUGAAUUCAUGCCCACCUCCACCUCAGAUUCCCAAUGCUCAAGAUAUGACAACUACAGUGAAUUAUAAGGAUGGAGAAAAAAUAUCUAUUCUCUGUCAAGAAAACUAUAUAAUUCAAGACGGAGAAGAAAUUGUGUGCAGAGAUGGAAGAUGGCAGUCAGUCCCACGCUGUGUUGAAAAAAUUCCAUGUUCUGAACCACCUGAAAUAGACCAUGGAACCAUUCAGUCACCUGGCUCUGCAGAAGAAAGGAGAGAAAUGUUUGAGCCCAAGAAUUAUGCCCAUGGCACCAGGUUAAGUUAUACUUGUGAAGAUGGUUUCGAGAUAUCUGAAAAAGAGAUAAUAUGCCACAUGGGAAAAUGGAGUUCUUUGCCUCAGUGUGUGGGUCGUCCUUGUGCACCACCACCUGAGAUUCAGAAUGGUGCUGUUGCUCAGGAGAAAGACAGCUACCUGUACGGAGAAGAAGUUACCUACAACUGUGAUGAAGGUUUUGGGAUUGAUGGACCUGAAUCUAUAAGAUGUUUAGGAGAAAAAUGGUCCCAUCCUCCAGAAUGCAUAAACACGGAUUGUUUUGACUUACCCACCUUCAAUGACGCUGUAGUCAUAGGCCCAAAGAAGCCAUCGUAUAGGUCAGGAGAGCAGGUGACUUUUAAAUGUCUGCAAUAUUUUCAAUUGGAAGGACCUAACACCAUACGGUGUAUUAAGAGCAGAUGGAUAGGAAAGCCAGCAUGCAAAGAUGUUUCCUGUGUGAAUCCACCCAGUGUGGAAAACGCUGUUAUACUAGAUAAGAGGUCAAGGUAUCAACCUGGUGAGAGAGCACGUUAUGAGUGCAUCAAACCUUACGCCCUUUAUGGGGAUGUAGAAGUGAUGUGUUUUAAUGGAAGUUGGACCAAACCACCUCAGUGCAAAGACUCUAAAGGAAAAUGUGGGCCACCCCCACCCAUAGACAAUGGAGACACGACCUCAUUCCCAUUACCAGUCUAUCCUCCGGGAACAGUCGUCCAGUACCAAUGCCAGUCCUACUAUCAACUUGAGGGAAGCAGCUACAUAAAAUGCGAGAAUGGACAGUGGUCAGAACCACCAAAAUGCUUAGAUGCAUGUGUAGUUUCAGAAGAAAUGAUGAGGAAACAUAACAUAGAGCUAAAAUGGAGACCAGAUAAAAAACUUUAUUCCAGAACAGAUGAUACUAUUGAAUUUCGGUGUAGACAAGGAUAUUAUAAGAGGACGCCACUGCAUACAUUCCGAGUAACCUGUCAGCAAGGCAAAGUGGCCUAUCCUACGUGUGGAUAAAACAGUGGUUAAAAUGCAGUCAUAAAACUGAAAUAUGUAUAUUUACUCAGAGUUUGUCAUUAUUAAUCCAAUUCUCCAUUUAUUUGAUCGACUAUUAUUGUUUAACUCAUCUUUAUUCAGAAAUCAGCAUUUGUGUUGAAUAGUAUGUGGAUGUUGUAAUUAUAAUCUGGGAAACCAAUGAAUUACUUCUUUAAAGCAUCUCAUUAAACUUGGCAAAUCAAAA